AGGACGCGCCUCUGCGUGGUGACCAGGAGCUCAGACCGGACACGCCUGUGGGGGACAGAGAUGGCAGCUCAGAGGCCCAUGUCCCUGCACUGCUGCCUGCUGUUCCUCGCUGUGGCCACCUUGGCCGGGGGUGCAGGAGCAGCCCCGACUCCAAACAUGACUGAGACCACGCACACGCAUUGCCCACGGAGCUGCAAGGAAAUUUUGAAGAAGAAUCCUGGAGCCGAAGAUGGCCUGUACUUUCUCCGCACUGAGCAAGGGAAAGUCUACCAGACCUUCUGUGACAUGGAAACAAAUGGUGGCGGCUGGACUCUGGUGGCCAGCGUGCACGAAAACAACAUGUAUGGGAAAUGCACGGCAGGGGAUCGCUGGUCCAGCCAGCAGGGCAACCGAGCAGACACCCCCAGGGGAGAUGACAACUGGGCCAACUACAACACCUUUGGGUCUCCAGAGGCAGCCACCAGCGAUGACUACAAGAACCCCGGCUACUAUGACAUCCAGGCGGGGGACCUGGCCAUCUGGCAUGUCCCUAACAAGACCCCACUGACGUCCUGGAGGAACAGCUCUCUGCUGAGGUACUUCACCUACUCAGACUUCUUCAAGAAAUUCGGACACAACCUUUUUGGCCUCUACCAGAGAUAUCCCGUCGAGUACAACAUCGGCAGAUGCUGGCGCGACAACGGCCCCGCCGUUCCUGUGGAAUAUGACUAUGGGAGUCCCGAGAAAACUGCUUCCUACUAUUCUCCCUUUGGUCAGAAGGAAUUUGAUGCUGGAUUUAUCCAAUUCCGGGUGUUUAAUAAUGAGAGAGCAGCCAACGCACUGUGUCCGGGGAUGAGAGUUACCGGGUGCAACACGGAACAUCACUGCAUCGGAGGAGGAGGCUUCUUCGCGGAAGACAGUCCCAGACAGUGCGGGGACUUCUCAGGCUUCGACAGCAGUGGGUACGGGACUCACACGAUAGCCAGCAACAGCCGCGCCAUCACCGAGGCGGCCGUGCUGCUCUUCUAUCGUUGACCGUGCUGGACAAGUCCCCUCCCCGCACACCAUCCCCCACCAUCACCUCGUGCCCUGCUGAACUGCAUCUGGACCACAGAA